UCAGAAUUAACAACAAAAAAUGCUUUCCAACAACUUUUCUUCUGCACUUUUCGUGAUAAUUGCUAUGUUUUUAUUCAAUUUCAUAUCUGGUGUUCCAAUAAUUAUGUCAAAUCCACACGAAACACCUCAUCUAGUUACUGAAAAAAUAAGUAAAUCAUGGACUGAUGAACGGCUCUGUGUGCUGAAAAUGGGCUCAGCCUGUCCGCAGGGAUUCACUGAGGAUCAGCUCAAGCUUUCUGUUCAGACUGAUGUAAAUCCGAAGGACUAUGGUCACAAUGGAGAACAGCUGAUCAGAAUGGGACAAGCCGGUGAAACAUCGUUAACUCGGAAUGUGUACGAUGCACUUUACACGCUCACAAUAACAACAUGCUGUAAAUAGGAGUUCAUUUAAUUUUUUAGUUUUAAUAAUUCUGUCAAUUUCUUGUUCGGGUUAAUAUAUUGAAGUCAAAAAAAACAAGCAAAAUAAAUAAAUACAUUUAAAUGUACAAAAAUGUACGAAA